GGAGGAGCUUUCACCGGCUCACUCGUUCUGUCUCUCUUCCUCCAUCACACCUCUCUCUCUGUAGGAUUUUACUGCAUCAAUCUGUCAAACAACUAAAGGACUCAAACAGAUAGUGCGUGUCGACAUGUUGGCUACUCUGGAGACGGUGAGAAUGGGUUAUAUCUCAGGCUGGUCCGGUCCUGCCCAGACCCCAGUAGAGGUGGACCUGGAAGUCAUUGAAGAAUACCUGCAGGAACACUCCCUGGAUGUUCAACACACACCACCUACGCCUCCUACCACGCCCGCUCAGCAAACACACACACACUCAAACCAACACCAGGGAACCAGCAUCAUAGAGAACAGCUGGUCUGGUCAGUAUGCCUACCAGUGGCAUUACGACUAUAGUUCUCCUAAUAAGGAAUAUGAAAAACAGGCUCCGCACACAGAAUGGCCUCGUCUUCAUGGCAACCACUGGGAGCGCGGCGCCUACUCCAACGAGACAACACCCUGCAGCGAGUCCGAUUCCACCGGCUCCGUCUGUCUAGACUACCCACCAUCCUCUCCUGCCGACGCUCUGACCUGCCCCCCUGCUGAGAGGAGAGGCAGGAAGACGAGCGAAACGCUGCCCCUGGCUUCACACUCAGGAAAGAAGAAGGAGCGUCUGUUCCACUUCCUGUUUGAGAUGCUUCAGACCCCCUCCAUGCGAAGCUGCAUCUGGUGGGUACAGUCCUGCUCCGGAACCUUCCAGUUCUCCUCCCAGAACAAGGAACGUCUAGCCCAGCUGUGGGGACGCAGGAAGGGGAAUCGCAAGACCAUGACUUACCAGAAGAUGGCCCGGGCGCUCAGAAACUACAGCAGAACGGGAGAGAUUUGUAAAGUGAAGAGGAAGCUCACGUACCAGUUUAGCGAGGGAACACUAAGGGGGCUGCAGGGAGCGUGUUAGGGAGGGAGAGUAGGAGGAACAUAUGUUAGCACAGUUACCUGGCAGGGCACAAAGAUAAAUACUGAGUAUUUGUACCAUGAGGAAGUGGAGGAGGAGGAGCAAGAGGAAGAGGAGGAGGAGCAGGUGGAGGAGGAAGAGGAGCAGCAGGAGGAGGAAGAAGAGGAGGAGGAGGAAGA